UGCGCAGGAGUCGCGUUUGCGGUGACAACAUUAAUGUAUCGCACAUACAAAAAAAUAUCGUUAUACUUUUAAAUAAAUCAAACCUUGAUUUGUGAAUGUUACGUAUAAAGUUUGAAUUCAAAGUUUAAUCUCAAACAAGUGCCACGAAAAAGUGAAGCUGCAUAUUUUAAGUUUACCUGUGUUUUGAUCAUGCUAUAAUUACAAAAUGGAGGAUGUGUAUACAAUUAAAGUGAAAACUAAACCUGAUACGAGAAAUUUAUACCCUUCUGAGAGAAGGUACUCUGCUUCCACGGUUUCUGGACUGGCAUGGGUCCAUAUUGCAUUAGCAUCUACGUCAUUUUUACUAGCUUGCCUCGCGUUAGUCAACCCUAAUGCCGAAGAAUCAGUAUUACUUGAAAAAAAUGAAACUUCUACAGAUAAUUCUACUGAAGUAUUACAGGAAACAACGAAUAAUACAUAUAUACUUAUUUUAGCACCUUCUUUGAUUACAUUUUUUGCGCUCGCAGCGGGAAUUGCAUCAAUAUUCGCUUCGAUAAGAUGGUAUAUAGACAGAAAUAUAACAUGGCUCUUCGUAAUGUCAACAUUAUCGACUUUAAUAUCGUUUGUCUCUUUUACAAUGGUAAUAGUUUGGCUUAUAUCAACAGAAGAUGAUAUAUCGGAUUUUUAUAAGGAUAAAAUACCUUUUAAAGACAUAAUUAUUAUCAAACAUAGUGAUAUUAUUGAGAGAAACAAUUCCCAUUUUGUUAUACCACGCAACUCUACGGAAGUUAAAGAGGAUGUGUCUAAAUUGUUUACGAAGCGUGUACUAUCAAUAAAUAUAUUGAUUGCAGCAUUCCUUGAGCUGUUAUGGUCAAUAUUGAGCGUUAAGAUAUCUUACAAAGGUAUGCGAAGUAAUUAUAAAGAGGACAAUGAGAGACGCGGCAAUUGUAUAUCUGUCGUAACCACAAUUAAGGGUAACAAUACGAAAAAGAGACCUAUCAACGGAAAAUUCAACCCAAAACCAGAUUUGAUAGAUCACUAUCCGAGUCGGAAGAUCAAAAAGAUAUUCCUAGCUCAGAAUGACAAUGGUUUUUAUUUGAAGAAUCAAAAUAACAAAAACAAGCCGAAUACUGAGACGAGUUCGGAGUUUUAUAAAGAAAGGAUGUUAAACUUUUUAAAUAGAUGUGCCGAAGGAGUUUCUAAUGCUGAAAUGCGGACACCAAGCGUGCAAUCAGAGGCUGUGCUUAACCCGAUCCCGGAAGUAGCUAGCGUCGACAUUAAUAUACACGAAAAUGUUAAACAAGAAACUAAAGAAUCAAACAGAGUAACACCAGUGAGUUGGGGCGAUACACCAGAACAUACAGUUUACAACCAGAACACGAUAAAUUUUGACAAAAUCUUCAGUUUUAGAAAAAAACCCGAAGUAGAAACAGAAAAAGUGGAAGAAACUAGUGAAAACGCUCAGUAUACCCAAUAAUGCGUGACAGGAGAAGUGAAGAAAGUGUACGUUUUUGCGUAAUUAUAUAGCUUCAUGGAAUGGAGAAAAAUGAUCGACAGAACUCUCGCAAACAUCUGGAGCCUUAAUCAGUAACUUUUCCACAGAUUGCGAACAGCGGUUUGAUUGUGUAAAUAAAAUUAAUAGCUCCAUAUGUCAAACAGCUAGUUUAAAUUAUGGAGUGAACGCAUGACAAGAAAUCGCAUUGUGGCACGUUGUCGUGUCGAGAAUCGAGAUGCGAUAAAAAGUCGUGAAAUCUACGAUGUGCAAUGUAAGAAAUCGGAAGUAUACGAUUUCAUGUCGUAAUACGAUGCACGGUACGACGCUUACAAUACGAUAUCGUUAAUUUUAUCAUGUAUUGUUAAUUAUAUCUUCAGUCUUCUUUUCUUUUCUUUUCUCCGAAGGCACAGUAAGUGGUUUCAACAAGGUUAAUAAUUACUCGAUCUUCAUUAAUGUUUAAUUUGUCAUUUAUCUUCGAAAGUUGAACAUCAAAUGCGAGGCAGAUUUUUUACCAUGUGCGUCGUAGAUUUUCACGACACGACAUAGGGAUGUUAUACGAUGCGAUGCGAUGUUUUAGCACAAUGUCGAUACAGACUGAAUCUAUGCGACGCGUAACUGGAUACAGCUAGUAUGUUUAUAAAAAAAUAUUGUAAUGCAAUUAUUUAGUCUAGUUAUGAAAACAUUGUUUUGACCUCGGUACAUUAGCCCGACGGGGCCGAAAAGAAAUCUACAUUACGAGACCAUUGAAUUUACUCGACAAAUUUUAAGGGUCCACCCGAAGAUUGCCAGCGAGACACCCGUUACUAUACCACCAUAAACCACGAACUUACGAGUUAGGUGAAUAGUUUCUAAUAUUAAUAGGAUGUAAUUUUUUAUAGCAGCUAUAAAAUAAUAAAAAGGUUUAAAAGGAGGGAUUCAUACACGAAAUUUGUUUGUUGCUUAACAUUAAUAAUGUUUUAAUACUACUAUUUGGAAAUCUUUUAUGUGCAAGUCUAUUUCGCACUCAGUUGGUUGCAGGUACUUACAAUAAAAGCCUAUAAAUGUACACUAACUAAGCACUAGACACAAUUACAAAUACCCAUGGCUUUCCCUACAUUUCAGUCAUGAAGCUAUAAACGUCAUGACUGAUAGGCACGUUCCGUCUAUAUUUUUCCUCAAUUCUGCGAAUUUCUAUAAUGCUUGCAGAUUGUUGCAAGUUGCAAGUUUAUGGACCAUUAAAGUGGACAGGCAAUGAUUAUGUCGAUACUCUUAAUAACGCUUAAUAAUUACUUAAGACGAUAUCGGUUUUCAUAUUUUUAUACUACGGUACAACCAUAGCUUAUGCCAUGGUUCUUUAACGGAAUAUUGCUCGUGUCAAACUUUCCAAGACCAACAAACUCAUCUGCCAAGACGGCUGGGUUAAAAACAAAUCUGUCAAAUGUGAGUCGGCGCAUUAUUCUUGUACCUGUCUUGUCUUAAAUAGUUUCUAUGGCGGCCGAUUGGCGCAGAGGGUAGCAACACUGCUUUCUGAGUCCAAGGCUGCGGGUUCGAA